GGGCACCGCCGUCCCUUGCACCAGCUCUCCCACUGUGGUCCGUCUCAGAUAUAUUGUCGCCCCCCCUCCUUAAUCUCCCAGAUUGUCGGCGACUUGCUGCAGUCGAUGCUGCAGUUCUGAGCCGUUCCUGCACCGGGACAGCUGACUCAAUGAGAAAGACAUGCUCGCAUUCGUGUUGGUCUCUGGGUCGCUCUGGAUUAUAUUAGAGCUGAGUUCCACUCUGAUGGAGAAGAUGCAGGCCCAGGAGAUGAUGAGCGGCCUGAGGAUACCGGAGAUGGACGAGCUCGGCCAGUUCUUCCGCUCCCUGCCGACCUCCACCCUGGUGGGCAUUGGCGCUCUGACCGCCGUGCUGGCGUACUGGUUGGCCACCAGACCCCGUCCCAUCAAGCCUCCCUGCAGCCUGCUGCACCAGUCCGAGGAGGUGCCGCAUGAGGACGGGGGUCGUAGGUCGAUGAUGGGUGACCACUCCAAACUGCUGACCCAUUACCAUGACGACGCCAGGACCAUGUAUGAGGUCUUCCAGAGAGGCCUUCAUAUAUCUGGUGAUGGACCUUGCUUAGGCUCGCGGCUCCCUAACCAGCCUUACAAAUGGAUGUCCUACAAAGAGGUGACAGCCCGGGCGGAGCAUCUGGGUUCAGGCCUUCUGCACCAGGGCUGCCAGCCCAACCCCAACCAGUUCAUUGGAGUGUUUGCUCAGAACAGACCUGAGUGGAUCAUCUCUGAGCUAGCCUGCUACACCUACUCCAUGGUGGUGGUUCCCCUUUAUGACACGCUAGGCGCAGAUGCUAUACGGUUCAUCAUUAACACCGCUGACAUCUCCACGGUCAUCUGCGACAAAGUAGAGAAAGCUCAAGUGCUUUUGGAUAACGUGGAGCGGAAGGAGACCCCUGGCCUACGAAGAAUCAUCCUGAUGGAUGCCUUCGACUCCGCCCUCGUGGAGCACGGCAAGAGCUUUGGCGUCCAUGUGCAGGCCAUGCAGGAAGUCGAGGCUCUGGGCAGAGAGCACUACAGAAAACCUAUACCACCAGCACCAGAUGACCUGUCCAUUGUGUGUUUCACCAGUGGAACCACAGGAAACCCAAAGGGAGUCAUGCUGACCCAUGGAAACGUGGUGGCAGAUUUCUCAGGCUUCCUCAAAGUAACAGACAAAGUCAUUUUUCCCAACCAAGAUGAUUGCCUCAUUUCCUUCCUGCCACUGGCUCACAUGUUUGAGAGACUUAUCGAGUCUGUGGUGUACUGCCAUGGAGGACGGAUUGGGUUCUAUCAGGGUGACAUCCGUCUCCUCCCAGAUGACAUGAAGGCCCUGCGGCCGACCAUUUUCCCUGUGGUGCCUCGACUGCUCAACCGCAUGUACGACAAGAUUUUCAGCCAGGCAAACAGCCCAUUGAAGCGUUGGCUGCUCAACUUUGCUGCCAAGAGAAAAGGUGCUGAGGUCAGCAGCGGGAUCAUCCGUAGUGACAGCAUCUGGGACAAAAUCUUCUUCAGUAAGAUUCAGGCCAGUCUGGGAGGGAGGCUGAGGAUGAUUAUAACAGGAGCGGCUCCUACCUCACCCAGUGUCCUGGGAUUCCUCAGAGCAGCUCUGGGAUGCCAGGUGUACGAGGCGUAUGGCCAGACAGAGUGCACAGCUGGCUGCACCUUCACCACACCUGGAGACUGGACCCCAGGUCACGUUGGGGCUCCGCUGCCAUGUAACCUCAUCAAACUGGUGGAUGUUCCCGAGAAGAACUACUUUGCCUCAAAGGGAGAGGGAGAGGUUUGUGUGAAGGGACCAAACGUGUUCAAGGGCUACCUCAAAGACCCGGAGAGAACGGCAGAGACGCUGGAUGCAGACGGCUGGCUCCACACCGGAGACAUCGGCAAGUGGUUGCCUAACGGCACGCUGAAGAUCAUUGACAGGAAAAAGCACAUCUUCAAGUUGGCACAGGGUGAGUACAUCUCCCCUGAGAAGAUCGAGAACAUCUACAUUAGGAGCGAACCUGUGGCACAGCUCUAUGUUCAUGGAGACAGCCUGCAGUCCUGUUUGGUAGGAAUUGUGGUUCCUGACCCUGAAGUUAUGCCUGAAUGGGCCAAGAAGAAAGGCAUGUUGGGCACCUACAAGGACCUAUGUAAAAACACAGAAUUAAAGAAGGCAAUCCUUGAAGAUCUGGUGCGUCUGGGCAAAGCCAGUGGCCUCCACUCUUUUGAGCAGGUAAAGAACAUUUACAUCCACAAUGAGAUGUUCUCAAUUGAAAAUGGCCUCCUGACUCCGACGCUAAAGGCCAAGAGGCCGGAGCUGAAGGAAUUCUUCAAGGGGAAGAUUGACAAGCUCUACAGCAGCAUCUCCAUGUGAAAGCCGGCGAACCUCAUUUUCCUCCGAGCAUCCCAACUCUAAGAUCUGCUUCGACCAGUGACCUGCAGUGGGACAAAGACGUGUCACCUGAGGCUUAACAUGCUUUUGGAGAGCAAACCAAAACUGGCCCAACUGUAGAGGAUUUAAAAUGCCUAGAUAAAAACAAAUUAAAGAAAGAAAAUGAAAUACAAUGCACAUUGUCAUAUGUAUUUCCUUUUUAUUCAUGCAUUUGAAAGCAUACGUUAAAAGGAUAAUUAUUUAAUUCAAAUAGUUAAUAACUGAAUAAAUUCCUUGAUUUGUGACAUGAAUUUCCACGCCACAUUAAAAACGUAUCAGCACACUUGCUACAAAGUGGUGCAUUUCAGUGUUGUCCAGCAGAGGGCAGCAUUCAUUUGCCAAUAUUAAAUGCAAAACAUUGUCACUGGUUUACAUGAGGAAGUAUAAGGAAGCUUUUUCUGUUUUUUUUUUUUUUUUUUUAGGUGGAGACACGUGUCAAUGCCAAAAUGAAAAGCAAUCAACUGUCCAAUCACUUUGAGGGAAUUAAUGAAAUCGCUUUUUGGGUUGGAACCGCGAGUGGAGCUUAUCAUAGCUUACAUGAGCUAAUGGCAGCUUUAGCAAACAAAGGUUUCUUGUGGGCUAGAAAGCUGGAGGUACACGACUACUGACUGUACGUUUAGCUACAUCAGAUGCCCGCAAGGUUGAUAGGUAAAAUUGCCUUAAUCUCUGAAUGUGAGACUACAAGAUGAAUGAAUUUUGGAGUGCAUUACAUUACUACUGCAGACAGCUGAGAAUAUCACUCUUGUUCUGACAACACAACAAAGUGCCCAUUUCAUUAAGAAGAAAAAUACCUAAUGUGAUUGUCAUGUUGUACAAUUAGGUAAUUUAUUUAAUCAUUUCAUUUUCAAAUGCAAUACGCCGCUUUACUUCGAUGUAUAUGCAUUGAUUUUAAUGUGGCAUGGAAAAUUAAUUUCACCAUAAAAGACCAUUCAUUCAGUUAUUAAAGACAAAAUAUGAAAUAACUGCUCUUUUAACAUUUGUUGUUCGUUUAAAUGUCUGUAAAUGUAUACAACAAGAGGAAUACUGUACAUAUAGGAAUGCUUAGUUUGAUUAGUUUUAAUUUAGGCAUUUGAAAUCUUCCAUACAUUGCUACCUGCUGUUCACCUAAACAAAUCAUACGCUCUUGUCCCCAGCAGCAGAAACUCAGCAGCACAUGAGCACUGAGCAGUCCAUUUCUACUUCCCGCCACUCUCUUCUCUCCAUCCGUUUGAACCUACGAGCCAAACGCAGCCCGACAGUUGUACAAGAGUAACAAAGUCGUACGACAGCAAGUGUGAUGUCUUUGUGUAUAGUGUAGCUCCAGGAGAUGUCUAAAUGUGUAAUAAUGCUGACACUUUGUAGGACAGUAAUGGACUUCAUCCCCCAGUAGAAAACAGUAGAUUUUCAUUCAAUCAAAAAGCUGCUUACGGCAGUGAAACACCACCCUGAUCUGACACAAAGAUUAAAGUUAUGUCUAACCCAGAUAUAAUGCAAGUAGAUGAAAAAAAAAAAAAUACAUCCUUCUGUUCAAGACCACGAUUACUAUAACAAGGUUGAGAGAGUAGUAGCUUUUGCCUUUCAAAUGAUUGCCGUGCACAUUCUUCCACGUAGAGCAUCUCAAUGUCUGAGUCACAUCCAAAUCACAACUCAUGUCACGUAUUCACUCGUUCAUGAAGUCAUCUCUACAUGGCUGUGGUCAGAAGUUUAGCGUGCAUGCUCCCUGUUUAUGUAAAGGACUGGCCCAGUGUAACAGUCAUCGAGGCUCACACUUUACAGUUGGUACAAUCACAGCGUUCUUUUCACCCAUCUUUGCACAAAGAGUAUGUCAGGUAAAAGAAAACAAAGGAAAUCAUGCAAAACCAGGGCUCAGGGCAAUGCAUGCAGUUUGCCCUGCAAUGCUGAGACCAUUGGCAUUUGACUUGAAAAAGACAAGUAUUUCUUUGUGGCCAUUAAUAGGUUGUUUGCAGCUGCCAACAGCCACAGCUGC